UCUUUUUCUUCUGCUCCUAUCUGUCGAUAAUAUGAGUGACUGUGAAUCUAAUGCCUCCUAUGAAAGUGGUUUCCCCAAGGACGAUAUCGUUCGCUAUGGUGACCAUAUUUACUUGAAGCAUUGCGCUACUGGACGCCUCUUGAGCUCGAAUGAUGAAGCCUAUGAGGGCGGCAGUGGACAACAAAUGGUGUUUGCCAGUGAUGAUGGUGACGAGAAUGUUUCCGUGUGGAAGAUUUUGACUCCUUCUGGCUCUGAGGAACGUCCUGGUUAUGAAGUCGGAUAUGAUGAUAUUCUCCGCCUGAAGCAUUUGGGCACUGGCCGUCACCUUCACUCUCAUGAGAUUGAAAGCCCUAUCACUGGGCAACAGGAAGUGUCAGGCUUCGGUAACGAUGACGAAUCCGAUGAUAACGACUUGUGGGUCUUGGAGAGAUUGGGUGAAGGUGACGAAGACAGCUUGUGGCACGUCGAUACGCCCGUUAUCCUGCGUCACGCACAAACCAGAAAUACUUUGCAUUCCCAUAAUGAAGCCUAUGACGAUGAAAAGAAUGAAGUGACAGCCUAUGGAGCCGAAUCUGAUGAAAAUGACGCUUGGGUUGCUACCGCCUAAGUGAAGAACGUGUAUAUCCCCCUUUGUGCAAUAUAUCCCAAUAAAAGUCUCAUCACAUAAAACCCACUAAUGUAUCGGCCCGUG